GAGUACUUGAUACCUAUUCCCCCAAAUAACUACAGUUGCUUGUGUACUUUGCUACUUGUUGCCGCUGAUAGGUGGGGACUCAGGACAUCAUCCGAGUUUCUCUCUCUCUCUCUCUCUCUCUCUCUCUCUCUCUCUCUCUCCCUCCCUGCAACUGGGAAUGGCGACUGAAGAGGUCAAUAAGCCUCCAUCACUUCCUUCGUACCCUGAGAUGAUCUUGGCGGCCAUUGAAGGUCUCAACAGUGAAAACGGGUCGAACAAAUCGUCGAUAUCCAGGUACAUUGAGUCCAAGUAUGGUCAAUUGCCAGCCGGCCACUCGGCGCUGCUCUCGCACCACCUGAACAAGAUGAAGGAGAGUGGAGAGCUGGUAUUCUUCAAGAACAACUACAUGAAGUACGACCCAGAUGCGCCGCCUAAGCGGGGCCGCGGCCGGCCACCAAAGCCGAGGAUCCCGAUGCCGCCGGGCAUGGUUCUUUCCUCUGGUAAGCCGCGAGGCCGCCCGCCAAAGGACCCAUCGGCGUCCGGGCCGUCGGAGAGUGGGAAGCCCCGUGGGCGGCCUCCGAAGAAACCUCGCGUCGACGGUGAAUCCUCUACGAAGACGUCGACUGGGAGGCCCAGAGGAAGGCCUCCCAAGGUGAAGCCUUCAUCUGCAGAAGAGACUUUAGAAUAGACCCUUUAGUGGUAUUGCUUUUUUAACUCCUCUCUUUCUCUCUCUCUCUGAAUUGGUUGUUGCGACUUUGUAAUGGGAAUUGUGUUUGUAGUUUCGUGUACAUUGUGAGGUACUUUAGCUGUUGAAGCUUGUUUAGUCCCCAAGUUUCAAUUUCGUAGGAGAUGACUAAUUGCUGAAAUGGGACUCGCUUCCCCUCUAUUGUCUACCUGUGAUCUAUAAAUGCACGCAGUUUCUUUUCUUUGCUUUGAAAAGCAGAUGACAA